AUGGCGAGCAUGCUCACUGUCACUGUCACUGAAGCCCUACCUUCCGACACGGUUAUCCUGGCCAGGGUGGGUAUGGGAGAAGAGGAAAUGGGGAGAAGCCAGGAGCACCACCCCAGUGCCUCUCAUAGCCAGGAGCAGCACUCCAGUGCCUCCUAUAGCCAGAAGCACCACCCCAGUGCUCCUCCUACCCAGGAGCAGCACUCCAGUGCCUCCAAUAGCCAGAAGCACCACCUCAGUGCCCCUCCUAGCCAGGAGCAGCACUCCAGUGCCUCCUAUAGCCAGAAGCACCACCCCAGUGCCCCUCCUAGCCAGGAGCAGCACUCCAGUGCCUCCAAUAGCCAGAAGCACCACCCCAGUGCCCCUCCUAGCCAGGAGCAGCACUCCAGUGCCUCCAGUAGCCAGAAGUACCACCCCAGUGCCCCUCCUAGCCAGGAGCAGCACUCCACUGCCUUCCAUAGCCAGAAGCACCACCCCAGUGCCUCUCAUAGCCAGGAGCACCACCUCUCUGCCCAUCUGAACACAAAAGCAGGGAAGUCCUGGCAACCUCUCAAUGAAAUCACACCAUGUGGAUAA